CACCAACGACACUCAUAUUGUCAAAAUAAAUAAAUAAAAAAAAAUCUCAAAAAGUGUAACUGCAAUGGAAACUGAAUCAGUCAGCGAGUCUGGCAAAAUAUAUCGGAAUUCAAGUGGAGCCUUCUGCUUUGUCUGUGUCCAUUGUGGAAGUUAUUUCGAAAAUGUCAACGAAACUUUACGACACAUCGAUGGUCAUUUCUCGGACGGAACAAUAAUCACAACCAAUGGAAUUGGCUCAAUUGAAAUCUGUACAAAUGACAACAAACCAUUGGCAUGCGAAGAUUCCCUAGAGUUCAUUGCGGUUACUACGGAUACUCGGUCCGGCUUAAAGGUUGAAAAUGAGACCAAACAAAAUGAGACUUGUGUAGAAGAUUGGCUGGAACCAGUCUUGAUGGAUGAUCGGAAACGGUGCAUCAAUUGCUCUUACUGCUCAGAGUCGUUUCCCAAUCGCCUGUUCUUGGUUUUACAUUCCGAAAUCUAUCAUGCUAACCAACCAAUUGAAGGAGAACAGACCGGCGAUUUGCAAUGUGAAGGAUGCCUAAUCGAAUUUGACACGCCCACCAAACUUGAAGAGCAUAUGAAUCAGGAGCAUCCUACAGAAGAAGCCGUGAACAUUCAAGUAAAUGACGCAAUUGCAUUCAACCCAGACGAGUGCUUAGAGUGUAAGUUCUGUCGUCGGUCGUUCAAGGCGAAACAUCUUCUCAAACGACAUUUACAAAGAUCGACAUGCAAGGACGAAUUUUGCAUACCAACGCAAGUGGGUGAAUUUCCAUUUUAUUGCGACAUCUGUGGCCAUGGUUUCCCGUACAAGUUUAGGUUGAUUCAUCACAUGAGUCAACGUCAUACCGGACGGGAAAAUAAAUGCAGAUAUUGCAAUCAACGAUACGUACUCGAGGCAUCGCUAAGAAAACACGAAAAUGCCGAAUGUUUGCAGCGGCCAAAUUUGAAUGAAACCAGUAAAACAACCAAGAAAAACGUAACAUCGGACGGAAAGAAAUCGUGGGGUGGAUAUCGAGAACCGAAAAAUGUGCAGGGACCGAAAAUGUUCAGCUGUGAGUGGUGCGACAAGAUGUACGAUACGCACUACAAACUGAAACAACAUCUUCUGUCCCACUCAAAUUUGCGAGAAUUCAAAUGUGAUCAAUGUGACUGCGCCUACAAUACAAAGCCAAGACUACGCCGACACUAUAUCUACAAUCAUACGGAUCAUCCAACAUUCGAUUGCGAAGUUUGCGGAUGGAAGUUUCGGGAGAAGAACAAUUUGAAGCGACACCUUCGACUGCAUAAUAAUGACUAUCAAGCACAGUGCCAAAUUUGUGAUAAAAAAUUCACCGCCAAUUGUCACUUAAAGUAUCACAUGAAUACAGCGCACAGUACGGAAACUCCAUAUCAGUGUGAUCUGUGUGGCAAGUCGUUUAAUUCAACCAGCAAACUGAAUGCACAUCGACGGCGACACAUCAAAGAAACAUUGCCUUGUGAUAUUUGUGGCAAAGUUUUCGGCAGUAGGAACAGGCUCUACACGCACAAAAAAACUCAUACCGAGGAACGGAAAAUACUAUGCAAAGUUUGUGGCAAAAAUUUCAAAACUGCUGUGGUUUUGCGUCAACACAUGUACUUGCACAAGGGAAAAAUAUUUUCCUGCAACUUCUGUCCGAUGACAUUCGCCCAAUCAUCCGGUCGUAGAACACACGAAAAACUGAGACAUAAUAUUCUUUAAGUGAAGGAAAUGUCAAAAUCAUUCGAAUAUUAAAGUCACUCUAAUCGAACC